AUGCGGAGGACACUUUGUUUCCACCUCUGGUCCAGGAAGACACCACCUGCUCAGGGUAACUUGAGCCGCGCGCACAGCCACCCACCCUGCGCCCCGAAGUCCGCGAACCAGCCGCUGCGCCCGCGGAUCGCAGCGACGGGGACCCGCGCGCCCCGAGCCCGAGCCCGCAGCAAGAGACGCCUCCGCGGUGAGCCGUCCGCGCACCGAGCCAGAGGGCCGCCCGUGCGCGGCAGUGGAGCCCCCGUGCGGCCAGAGUAG